GCUGGAAGGGGGCGGGGCCGCGGCGGCACUGGAAGCGGUCGGCCCAGCACCGUUACGGCAGCUUGGCGCGCGGUGCCCUCUCCGCGUCUCUCCAAAAGGCAUCUCGGCCCCUGUCACCGCCCAGGCUUCGCUGAUGCCCUCCGGCAGGUAUCAGCGCGCCUCCCGAGCGACUGUGGGCGACGUGGGAUCUGGACGAGGGACGCAUGGUGAGCAAGCGCCAGAGCUGCGUGGAGAGCUAAGCCGAGCGGACGUGGGGUGCAUCCACCCACCGCGUAGAAACGCCCACCAAUGCUUUCUCGUUUGGACCCAGACUCCAAUUCGGGAGCAGUUUUGUAGCUGGAUCCCCUAGGAAGAGAAGUUCUAAAGCAGUAAGAAAAUAUUUCAGUUUGGAACACUCAUUUGCAACUGGAAAUGGGGAAUGGACUGUCAGACCAGACUUCUAUCCUGUCCAGCCUGCCUUCAUUUCAGUCCUUCCACAUUGUUAUUCUGGGUUUGGACUGUGCUGGAAAGACAACUGUAUUAUACAGGCUGCAGUUCAAUGAAUUUGUAAAUACUGUACCUACCAAAGGAUUUAACACUGAAAAAAUUAAGGUAACCUUGGGAAAUUCUAAAACAGUCACUUUUCACUUCUGGGAUGUAGGUGGUCAGGAGAAAUUAAGGCCACUGUGGAAGUCAUACACCAGAUGCACAGAUGGCAUUGUGUUUGUUGUGGACUCUGUUGAUGUUGAAAGGAUGGAAGAAGCCAAAACUGAACUUCACAAAAUAACCAGGAUAUCAGAAAAUCAAGGAGUCCCUGUACUUAUAGUUGCUAACAAACAAGACCUGAGGAACUCAUUGUCUCUUUCAGAAAUUGAGAAAUUGUUAGCAAUGGGUGAACUGAGCUCAUCUACUCCCUGGCAUUUGCAGCCUACCUGUGCAAUCAUAGGAGAUGGACUAAAGGAAGGACUUGAGAAACUACACGAUAUGAUAAUUAAAAGAAGAAAAAUGUUGCGGCAACAGAAAAAGAAAAGAUGAAUGGUGAUACCUUUCGUAUCUAUGUGGAGUAGGUUUUCUCUGGUCUGAUUUUGACAAAUGGAAGAGUGUCUACAGCUUGGUUUGCCUGCCUUCCCUCCUGGAUGCUGUUAAAGCUUUGUUUUGUUGAACAGCUGCCCAACUCUGUUGCCCUGUGGAAGAUGAGUAAAUGCUGUGCUUCUUAAAAUGGUCUCUUCUCCCUACCCCACAAAUCUUUUUGGUACUACCAUUUUGGGAAGCCAAGCAAGGAUAGUAAAUUGACCAGAAAACAGUUGUGGGAAUUUGACCUGAAGUUAGUGAAAUAAAACUUUGAAGAACGUC